AAGCCGCCUCUCAGCUACAUCGCCUUGAUUUCAAUGGCUAUCUUGGAUUCGGCAGAUAAACAGACGUUGCUCGGAGAUAUAUAUCAGUUCAUUAUGGAUAAAUUCCCUUAUUACAACAAUAAGGGCAAAGCUUGGAGAAACAGUAUCCGCCACAACUUGUCACUCAACGAAUGUUUUAUCAAAAGUGGACGUGCUGAAAAUGGUAGGGGUAAUUUCUGGUCAAUUCAUCCUGCCUGCAUAGAAGACUUCUCUAAAGGAGACUUUAGACGCCGAAAAGCCAGA